AUGACCUGCAUUAUCACUGAAACUAAAGACACUAGUCUUGCAUUAGAUGCUGUCGUCAAAUUGCUGUCCGUACUCAAACUCACUGAUAAUGAUCGCGCAGUUCUAGUUACCGCUCUUCUCUCCGAGAUUGCCGAGCCUCAUGGAGAGGCUAGGGCUCAAGAUGCCGCUGAUUCGCAAACCGGUUCUUUGUUUGGCAAUGACGAUGAUGAAGAGCUGGCUGCCACCACGGCAGGUGUUCCCGACACAAGCCUUGCCACCACGGCAGAUAUUCCUGAUGCAAGCUCUGCCACUACAGCAACUGUUCCCGACGUAAGCUCGUCUGCCGCGGCCAUUGAUUCAACUCCCACUAUUGCUACCUCUGUCGUGACUGUCGUGGAUGGGGAUGUCAGUUCUGCUGAGGUGGAAGAUGCGAUCACGGAAGGUUGUAUCCUCAAUGCUUACAAGGGUGUGCACUUCAACAUCCCAGUUUCCAGUGAUGCCACACCACCUCUGUACUAUGUCACCAGGGGCCGCAAGAUUGGCGUGUUCUCAGGAUGGGGCAAUGUUGGUCCCAAGGUCUUGGGUGUGAGCCGCGCCAUUUUUGCUAAGGCAGAGACCAUUGAUCAAGGCAUUAAGGCUCUCAUGGCUGCGAUCGACGCUGGCACUGCUGCUCGAGUGUGA